AUGAUGCAUUCGGACUUCGAUCUUGUUGAAGAGGACUCGUUCUUUCGGGAUAUCGACACACUGCCGUCAAAUCCAGAUCCGGUACCAUGUGUUCAACAAAAGGAGACACACAAAAUCAAGCAAGAGGAGGCACCACAGAAGCUCAUCUUCAAGAAGGGUAAGAAAGACGUGGCGCGAGUCUUCCCGCGGAGGAAGGCAGGAGAACUUAUUCGUUCAACGGACAAGCCAGUGCUACUCACAAAGGAGAUGCUUCUUCCUUAUUUCGGCACUCCACUGCGCAAUGCAGCCUGGAAUAUGGGUUUGUGUCCGACCGCUCUCAAAAGCGUUUGUCGAAAGCUCGGCAUUACGAGAUGGCCUUACAAGCAAGCAAGGCGAAGCUCACCCACAGUUCCGUCUCCAUCGGACAGUAUCCAGAGCAGCGAAGCCAGCGCAAACGUUACCCCCGUCAUGCACAGAGAUGUCGUUGUGCCUGACAUGGGAACAAGCGGGGUGCAAUUGCAGCAGCCCAAUGCUGCUUCAUACCCCCCUCAUGUGGUUGAGCAGGACAUCGAUAUUCAUGGCGAUAAUGCCGAUGAGCAGAUGAUACCUCCAUGUCGCCCAUGUCCUGUACGAUGCGUGCAGAAUGGAAGCCCGUAUCACGAGAUGGAGUUGUCGCGGGCCGCAGGGACUCUGAACGCUUCCGAGUGGGAUGCCGUUGUGCAGCAGCAAGCGAAGCUGUUUCCUUCGCUGUAUGGAAGCAAUUUAUGGGAAACUGAAGAGAGUUGUGCAUGUGACAUGAGCUUUUUAACGGGUUGCAUGUGA